GCAGCAGCCAGUCAAUCAGUCAGUCAGUCAGCAGCCUGUUGCACCAGCCAGGGAACGGACCGGGCGCCUGUCAGCAGCCAGGAGUCCCAGCAGCUCGUUCACACUCUUUAAAGUGUGAUUUCUGAACCGGGCCGCGUCUUUGAACGCCACUUUUUUUACUGGGUACGUCACGGCUUUGUAAGAUUGCAGCUCAGUGCGGCUGAGUCGAGCCUGUGAGAUGGAGAAAAGCUCAGCAGAAGAUGACUGCGUGGAUUCAGGAGCCGAGACCGGAGGGUCUGAUUACAGUCCCUUGUCCUCAACGAGCAAUGCUGUUGUCUGUGGAGGUGAGUUAUCCAUGGGUGAGCUCCAGGAUCCCUUCCUCGUCAGCAUCCACCUCAUCGCCGACCCCGGCCAGGGAAAGUUUCUGCAGCGUGCUGCUGAUGCAGUCCUGUCGUGGGUCCACCCUGAGCUGCAGCUGUUCAAAGUCUCAGAGCGUGCCUCCGUCUCCCAGCGGCCUCGGCCCAAGCACCAUCAGAACGGCAGCCUAGGUGCUGCCUGCCAGCCGGCCCUGGCGGUCAUCCUCUUCCUGCAGGAUGCUUACGGUGGCGAGGAGCAAAUACUGAUGCUGCACCACAUCCUGCAGAGGCCGCCUUGGCGCUACCACCACACCGAGCAAGUCAGUAAUGGCCGGCGGAUGCUGCCGCUGACGCCAUGCAGUCAGGACUUCUUCACUCUCUCUCCCGGCACACCGCUCUGGGCCGUGCGGCAGGUUCAUUAUGGGAAAGAGAUCGUGCGAUUUACUGUUUACUGCCAACAUGAGAAUUAUGUGGACAUGGUGCGGCUGUACAAGCUGCUGCUUCAGCGCAGGGUGGCACAGAAGAAGGAGGACUUCUGCUUCUUUGUGGUGUACUCCAAUCCGGACAUGGAGAUCCAGCUGUCGUUUAAGAGGCUCCCGCGAGGUCAGAGUCCAGUGGCGCUGGAGUCAGCGGUGAUGGAGGUGAGGGUACGAGAUGUCGGGGCGCUGGUGCCCCUGCUGCCGCACCCCUGCAGUCCAAUCAGCGAGGUCCGCUGGCAGACAGAGGACUACGACGGAAACAAGAUCCUGCUGCAGGUCCAGGCUGCACACUUCGGAUACCAACACGAUCCCUGUCAUGCAUCAUCAUCCCUCACUGAAUCAGCCUCGGCUCCAUCCACAUUCACCCGCAACGCCGCCUCCUACAGGCAGCGUCGGCACCACCACCACCACCACCACCGGGCGACGUCCCGUCUCAGAGUCCACCAGAGCCCCCACAGCCCCCACCCUCUGGCCUGCGAGGAGCUGGACGAGCAGUGGGCAGAGCGGCACCACCCGGACAGGAGCCAGUGGAGGGGCCACCGGUCCGACUCCCUCUUCUCUCUACCCAACCUCGGCUCAGCCAGCUCCCGCUCCACCUGCUCCUCUCCUGGGCCAUCUCCCAGCCCCCACCACAGGAGCCACUCCCUCAACAGAAGCCACUCCCUCAUGCCGCCCUUCAGGCUCAACGUGGACGCUCUGGUCGGGGCCGAGGAGACGGACGUUGACACGGGGGACAAAGUAAAUCCAGGCAGUGCUGUGGACCUCACAGUGGUGUCUGCGUACAUCAAAACCAGCCUGCCACAAAUGUCUCGGCCAUUAUCGGCACCACCAGAAGACAUCGGACCCUCCCUCUCUCCUGGCAUCCCAGAGAAAGCCUACAAAGCGGCAACACUGGGCCGGACUCCACACAGCUUCACCACCAACGCCCCCUCUGGCAUGUCGGGGUUACGUGUCCAAAGCACCAGUGUGAACACGAGUGCAUCUCCGUCACUGAGCGAUGUGUCCAUGAACCAGUCAGACAGCUGCAGCAUCAUCAGUGCACCAGUGGCGGACAAAGACGAAGACGAGGACCAAGAAUUCUACAUUUGAUGUGUAGUUAGAAGCCGAGACUCGCAGCUCCACUCCGCCCCCUGGUGUCUGAUAGGUAAACUAACAGUGAGCACAAACUGUAUCUCAUGUUCUCAUGUAUUUGUAAAGGUUUUGCAUGUAGAUUAAAGCUUUGUAAAUGUCAGGUUAUAUAUAAGUACGUGGAAUUACAAUCACAUAACUGUACAGAAACACUAUUCAAUAAACUUUUUUUUCUUCCUCGUAACACUUUAAGGUAA